GGUUGUCCGGGACUGUAGUCCUGCCCCACAGAUCCUCUCAUAUCGGCGACUCUCACGGCCCUGUGUACGGGGUCUCCUAUCCAGUCACUUUUGCUAUACGACUCUAUUCCGAGCUCGGCUUCAUUGCUUCACUGCAUAUCUCUGGCUAACUUAUAAAAGGGUCGAUCCGGAUUGACUGGCUGGCCGUACCCCUUUACUAGUAGUUCAACAUGCUUGCAGCCACCCGAGCAGCCAGCAUCGCCGUGCGGACGGGCGCGAGGCGGGCAGUGGUCGUAGCGGGCCAGCGCCAGGCUGCCCUGUCCGUGGUGAGGAAGAGAAAUAAUGGGCAGAUUAGAGGGAUGCAGAAUCUCGCGCAGACUGAUCGGGACACUAUCAUGCGCCUCCUGUACUCUAUCGGUACGAAGCAGGAGGUCGAGCGCUACCUGCGCAUCUUCUCUUCGUCCUCGCACCCGUCUCACCCUGCCAAGUUUGCGGUGAUAAAAGUUGGAGGCGCGGUCCUCGACGAACUGGACGAGCUCGCGCAUAGCUUGAGUUUCCUGUACAGGGUCGGGUUGUACCCGGUCGUCCUGCACGGAGCCGGGCCGCAGCUCAACGACAUUAUAGAGCGGGAGGGAGUGAUCCCCGAUUACAUUGAUGGCAUACGGGUCACAGACGCAAAGACCCUGCAGAUCGCCCGCCGCGUGUUCCUGGAAGAGAACCUGAAGCUGGUUGGGGCAUUGGAGAAGCUGGGCACGCGUGCGCGCCCUAUCACGUCUGGCGUGUUCACCGCCGAUUACCUGGACAAGGAGAAAUACGGCCUGGUCGGCAAGAUCACCCGCGUAGACAAGAGGCCACUGGAGGCAUCUAUUAGAGCGGGUGCUCUGCCGAUCCUGACUAGUCUCGCAGAAUCGCCGGAAGGACAGAUUCUGAAUGUCAACGCAGAUAUCGCUGCGGGCGAGCUUGCCAAAGAGUUGGAGCCGCUCAAGAUUGUGUUCCUGAACGAGAAGGGUGGCCUGUUCCACGGUGUAACUGGCGAGAAACUGGAUGUCAUCAAUUUGGACGAGGAAUACGAUACGCUGAUGAAGCAGCCGUGGGUCAAGUACGGCACGAAGCUGAAGCUGCGUGAAUUCAAGGAGCUCCUGGACCACCUGCCGCGCUCGUCCUCCGUCGCUGUGAUCUCUGCGUCAAUGCUGCAGAAGGAGCUGUUCACGGACAGCGGUGCCGGCACUUUGAUCCGCCGCGGGUACAAGCUAUUCAAGCACGAUUCCGUCGAGGGGCUCGGCGCCGACCGCCUCCGCCAGGUGAUCCACGACCGGGACCCCGACGUGCUGUCCGGCGAGGCGAGCGUCACGGGCGUGCUCAACGAGCUGAAGAAGGCGCCGUACACGCUGUAUGGCGACGAGCCGCUCGACGUCGUCGCGAUUGUCUCGCACCCGCCCGGGGAGACCCCCGUGAUGACGAAGCUCCUCGCGUCACGCAGCGGCAUCCUGAACAGCGUCGUGGACAACGUGUUCAACGCGAUCAAGAAGGACUACCGCCGGCUGUUCUGGACCGCGAACGCCGACGACGAGAACCGCGCGUGGCACUUCCAGCGCGCGGACGGGAGUUUCACGCGUUCGGGGAAGAGCCUGUUCUGGUAUGGCGUGCAGGAUGUCGCGGAGGUGGAGAAGAUCGUGAAGGAGUUUGAGGCGAAGGGGCGGCUCGACCGGGCGUACUUGCCCGUCGGGCCCUCUGCACCACCUCACCGCGGCGCCGCAGCUCCAUCGGGCCCCAGCGGGUCCAAGGCUUUCUCGACUCUGGCAAGGAGGAUCCCUGGGUCGUCGAGAGGAUAUGCUACCGCGGCCUCUGCUCCCUCUACGGAGCCGAAGAGGCUUGGUUUGAUUGGUGCGAGGGGAUACACCGGGCAAGCGUUGACGACCCUCCUUGCGGGCCACCCCUACCUCAACCUGACGCACGUCUCCUCCCGCCAGCUGGUUGGGUACCCUCUCGAGUCGUACACCAAAGCUCCCGUCACGUACUCUAAUCUGUCGGUGGAAGAUGUUGAGCGGAUGGAGAAGGACGGCGAAGUCGACGCGUGGGUCAUGGCCCUGCCGAACGGCGCGUGCAAGCCCUUUGUGGAUGCCGUCGACCGGGGUUCGCAAGCACGCAAGAGCGGAGACGCGAGCGUGAUUGUGGACUUGAGCGCGGAUUACCGGUUCGAAGAUGGGUGGACGUAUGGGCUUCCCGAGCUGUAUGGACGCGAGUCAAUCAGGGCAUCCAAGAGGAUAUCGAACCCGGGGUGUUAUGCGACGUCCUCGCAGCUGCUCAUCGCGCCCCUCCUGAAGUACGCGAAUCGGGCUUCGCUUCCUACCGUCUUCGGCAUGUCUGGGUACAGCGGCGCGGGUACAGUUGCUACCACCGACUCCCAUGGCAAGCCGGUUACCCUGCCUAAGGUCACCCCAGACAGCCUCGCGGGCGGCGUCAAGCCCUACUCUCUUACGGACCACAUCCAUGAGCGCGAAGCCGGCCGUCACUUGACGCGAUUGCUUUCCGACCCCUCCAGUCCACUUAAGAUCGCGUUCAUCCCGAAUGUGGCGCCAUGGUUUAGCGGGAUACUGUCCGUGCUCUCGAUGCCGCUCAGCGAGAAGAUCACGGCGAAGGACGUUGCGCAGCUGUAUGAGAGCAGGUACGGCGGGGAGAAGCUGAUCACGAUCAAGCGGGAAGUACCCGUGCUGAAGGACGUGGAGAAUAAGCAUGGCUGGACUGUCGGCGGGUUCCAGGUGCAUAGCGAGGGCGAUAGGGCCGUUGUGGUCGGUGGUUUGGAUAACCUGCUUAAGGGCGCAGCCACGCAGUGCCUGCAGAACCUGAAUCUGGCUCUGGGAUAUGAUGAAUACGCUGGCAUACCUACGGAUUGAAUGGGUUUGAUCUCCGUCUGGGUGGUCAUCUUGCUCCAUAUACUACAUAACGGCUAAAAGUACUUAAGAACUAUCGCGAUAGAAUUGCCUUACGGCGGGUAGUAAACAUCGUUAAAAUAGCGCCGGGGAUGUGGUCCCGCCUUCCGAAU